AUACAUUCUAUCAAUAUCUAUAUAAAAUAUAUAAAUAUCAAGAGUUAAAUUUAUUAUUGAUAUUGCAUUUGCAUUCUAACCUUUUGAGAGGACAAUAAAGUUUUUUUUUAACCAAAAUUUUAAUUAAUUUACAAAGCACGGGAUUUAAAAAAUCUUUUUCCUCUUAUUUGAGCAUAGUCACAGAAAAAUGGCGGCAACUAGCGACCUUUACAUGGAUUCGCUUCUUUCUGGUUUCGAUCAAAUUUACGAGGAUUUCAAGAGGAGAACCGAAGAGAUUCAGUUUCUGAAAUCAAAUUGGAAUGCAGAAAUAAAAAGAGGAGAGGCUCUUAAAAUCACUUGUGAUUCUCUAAAACAAGAUAAUGCACGACUUACAAAACUGUACACAGAAUCCUUGAACAAUUUUGCUGUGCAGCUUGAAAAUCAUGCUGAAUGCCAGAGAUUGAAAGAAGAACUCUGGAGAAGCAAGGAUGAAUAUACGAGUAAAGAAGAAGAACAUAAGAAGGCUAUGGAAUUGCUUAACAAAGACCAUGCAAAGGAAGUUGCGGAUCUAGAGGCUGAAGUCAGAGGUCUUCUACUUGAAAAAGAAACAAAUGAAGCAACCAUAAUUCAGCUGCGUAAAGAUUUAGCAACACAUACAUCCCAUGCACAAGUGCUAUCAGAGAAGCUGGAUCAACUACAGUCUGAUGAGGAAUCAAAAUAUCUGCUCGAGAUUUGGGACUUAAAAGAUUGUCUGCUGAUAGAACAAGAAGAGAAAAAUGAGUUGACUAAGAAACUACAGGAAGCUGAAAAGGAAUUAUUGAUCAGCAGAACAAAGCUUGGAGAACAACAACAAGAUUCAGCUUCAAAUCAGCAAGUUGAAACACUCAAGCUGAAGAUUAUGAAAUUAAGAAAGGAAAAUGAGAUCCUCAAAAGGAAGCUUUCCUCUAUGGAAGCGUGUUAGAGGUGCAGUACCUCAAACUAUAUCCUUCAUGAUUUGGAAACCGAGCUGUUUACCAUUCAACUUUAUGCAAGUUUAGUUGGCUGCAAUAUUCUAGGAAAAAAAUGCAGUACAUAUACAAGUCAUAACUCAUAAUUGAAUGCUUCAAUUUUCCUUUAAAAUUCUUGACUGUGAUACCAUGGAAAAAUUUUAGGUGGAAAUAAGUAUAGGGGUAGUCUAUUUGUUACCCUCAUAUACAGUUAGGUUGACAACUAGUUGGUGGAAUGACACAAAAUCUGAAUUGGAUUAAACUAAA